AAAUAACCUAAAUUGCUGCGAGAAUUGAUAAUAAUCGUGGUAUCUCACACAAGCCUUCUUAUUCGGUCUGCGGUUGAACCUACGGAACGGUAGCAUUGUUUGGUUGGAUUCUGUUACAGGUUAUAAUUUAAGGUGUUUUACAAUACAUGGAAAUUCUAUCGAUGGUUCUCGAUCGGUUGUCCUGCUUUAUAUAAAAUAACUAAUAUCAGUGCGAUAGAAAAGAGUCUCCAGGGGCUAGUCGAUCGUGUUUGCAAUCGAAACGACCUAACAGUGUAAUAAUUCCAAUCGGUGCUCCUUAAAGGCUUUGAUGCGGUCUCCUAAGGGAAAGGGUAGGCUAUUGUUUUCUGCAAAUCUGGCUGCUGUAUUUGGAGCAGUAAAUGAAAUUCGAAAGACAUAUAUAAAUUCCGAUCAAGUAAAGAUGCAAAAUAUUUUUAUUUUAUUUUGGGAUAAAGUGGGAGCUCAGGUUUUCAUGUUUUUCAACCUUAGUGCACAAAUGCGUAGCUAGUCGCGUCCAAUCGGUGACGUUCGGUAAAUGGAGCUGACAAGCAAGAACACUUGGCAGAGAACAGUUUAUUUGGCUGUGCAGAUGAGGUGUAUUUAUAGGGAGCCUUGAGUCAACGAGCUUUUUACUCGUGGACACUGGGGGCUUCGCGGCGGGACGCAGGACUAGGGGCAUUUGAUCAAAAUAUUGGCUACAUAUAUGCGGCAGUGAGAGAGAAAAAUAUAUAAGCAUGGACGUGUUGGGAGUUCUAAAUUUGGGCGAAUUUGCCCAAUAUUUCUCAAAAAUGGCAAUGUUUCCUGUUUUUGAUGUUGCUUAUUACAUCGUGUCCAUACUGUACCUCAAGUAUGAACCAGGGUCGGUGGAGGUGUCCCGCCGAAGUCCUGUGGCCUCUUGGCUCUGUGCCAUGCUCUACUGCUUUGGGAGCUACAUUCUAGCAGACAUCAUGCUUGGAGAUUCUCCCCUUGACUACUUCCACAACAACAGCCACGUCCUUCUGGCCACGGCUGUCUGGUACCUCAUCUUUUUCUGCCCACUCAACCUGUUCUACAAAUGUGUGGCCUUCAUGCCAGUUAAGCUGGUGCUGGUGGCUAUGAAGGAGGUGGUCCGCACUCGGAAAAUUGCUGCCGGCGUGCACCAUGCCCAUCAUGCCUAUCACCAUGGCUGGUUCAUCAUGGUCAUCACUGGUUAUGUCAAAGGCUCUGGAGUGGCUCUGAUGUCCAAUUUUGAGCAGCUGCUGCGUGGAGUGUGGAGACCCGAGAGCAAUGAAAUUCUGAAUAUGUCAUUCCCAACUAAAGCAAGUCUGUAUGGAGCCAUAUUGUUCACCCUCCAAGAAUCACACUGGCUGCCUGUCUCCAAGAGUGUCCUCAUCUGCCUCUUUACUUUGUUCAUGGCCACUUCCAAGGUGGUCAUGACUGCCCGUCACUCUCACGGCUCUCCCUUCGCCCUUGUGGAAUCUUGGGUAUGCCACUUGCUGUUUUUCUCCCCGCUUGGGGGCGCUGAGGAUGCCCACGACCAUCACCACUCUGCUCCCGCCGCCGCUCCCGCGUCUCCAGCAAAAACCAAGGAGGAGCUGAACGAAGGUACCCGCAAGAGGAAGGCCAAGAAAGCGGAGUAGACGACAGGUCACGCCGACGGCUUGAGAAAACGUCCUCACCACCACCACAAACAACGACAAACCACAGCAACAUACAGCAUCCAGUCACCCUCCUAGAGCCAGCGACCUGCACUGAACGUGGUGCCAUUUUGCGAGAGCAAGUGGACUUUCCCAUUCCUUCAUAAGGGAGGAGGGGCAGUUUGGGCUUUACUCUGUGAAGCGCUUUCACUUUGAGCAAAUGAUGCUUUUUUCAUUAAUAAUAUCCAAUAUUAAAAUGCUGUAAAUAGCUCACCAGCAUUUCACUGGAUGAAUGGAUGUUGAAACAGAAUGGCAGUAACCCAUUGAUUUCUAUUUAAUUAUUUAUGUAUUUAUUUUACAUAAUUGUCUCUUGAGUUCAACAAAAUGUGGCGGUCACUGUAAAUCCAUUUGGUUUGCUCAGCUUCUGUAAUUCAGCUCGCAAACAACAAGUCUUCUUAUAGAGUGAUUAAAAAUGCGUAUUAAGUAUAGAACCCAGCUGAAAGUCCAAGAAACAACCAUGAUCACAAAUGAACAUAGGGAGAAAGCACAAGACCAGUCUCCAACCUCUAGACUGUACAUGGAAGCUUCCUAGAGAACAUGAAGAUAAGGUCAAAUGUAUAUCUUAAAAAAGACAAUAAACUCAUUGCCUUUGAAGGGUUUAUACAAGUGGUUUUUAAUUCUUCAACUUACCAUUUUAUGUCACUGAAAAUCUGUAAUUCACACUGUAUAAUAUAUAGAGGCAUCAAAACAGAAUAUUGUACAUAGUGUAAAUGUAAAUCCAUCCUGUUGGAAUUAGAACAAUACUACUGUGUACAGAUGGACUUUUAGAUACCCAUGUCUCGGCAUUUUGUUCAUAUUCCAUUAUUGAUGUAUGCUAAUUGAAUCUUUCAAAGCAUUGUCAAUUUGUGAUAUUAAAACAGGGAAAGUUAACGAUGGCAGACAAUGACCAGUAAAUCAAACAUGGUUCAGA